UCAGUUGUAAAAUUGAGAUCAAAAUAUUGAGAGUAGGUAUGGCCUAAUCAUUUAUUGAAAGUACCUCCUCUUGGCUGCAUUGAUCUAUUCCAUCUUCAAAUCUUCAGGGCACUUAGGCAGUCGACGGUCAGUCAGAAAUUCAUCCCUGUUUCAGUGAAAUUGAACACCAAUUGAAGUUAAAGCAAUGGCCCAUCCGUCACCCUACCAAAUGGUAACAUGCCCUUACAACGAGACUCACCAGUUGGAGCAUUACCGAAUGCACAUCCACCUACAAAAGUGCAGGAAACAAUAUACCGGGUACAACAAACUCAUCUGCCCGUUCGAUACGACGCACGUAGUUAAUGAUGUCGAGUUGGACUAUCAUGUGAGCAUGUGCAGCCAGAGAGGGAUGCUGGAUAGCCAAUUGUACGUGAUGGAUAGUGACUUCCGUCCAGCUGUCGAAGUGCAACCAGUCCCGGUGGUCGAGUGCGAAGAGAAUUGGGAAGACUUCAAUACUGAAACAUACAAACCUGAUCCGGCGAAAAAAGCUCAUAUUAUAAAAAAAAUAAAAGGCGCAACGCCGUCCGAGAGGCGCAAGGCACGCAUGGAAGGCAUUGCAAAUUAUCGACCGCUUUAAUAAAUAUAUUUAUUUAUUUUAUAAUUUGCAAUUUGAAUGAUAACUAUAUAGAUCUAUAGUUAUAAAGUUUUAAUUCAAUUCAGUUGAGAUAGAUGUGCGUUUUUGUAUUUAAUCAAAUAAAAUAACACUUAUUAAUUUUUUUUUUGUAUGUGUAGCGAAGAGUACUGGUUUGAAAUUGGGACAUUCUAGAAUUUUUGUAGCGAGUUCUAUUUUCAAAUUUAAUCCAAAAACAAUGCUAUAUAGAGAAUCUGUUUUAAGGUCGAUCUAUAUCAAUGUAUGUUAGUGUCUAAUUCUGAUAAGACUUAUUAAGAUUGGUAACCAAGUUUUUAAACCUCUAAACAUCUUCCUCCCAAGGAUAUUAGAGCAUAGACAGCUACAAAAAUAGGUUCGGAUAAGAUUACGCUUUAGUCAUAGACAAAAUAUUAUUAUUCGAGACACGCUCAAGACAAUGUUGCCAAUCUUAAAAACAUAUAUAUGUAUAUAUGUUAAAUUUUAAAAAUGUAAUUUAAGCUGAAUUGUAAUUGUCUAUUUUUCUAUGGAAGCGUCCGUCUUGUAAUCUUAUUUUGUCGUAACGUAAUGUUAGAUUAAGAUUUUUUUUUAGGUUUAUUGUUUUAUUAAUUUACAUUGUGAUAAAUGUUGACAGAUAUGAAAAAUCAUUUAUCUACGAGUAAGUUGUGUUUAGAGAUUAAUUUUAUCUCUAUUAUGAAUAAAUAUAUUUUUUUUUAUUCAUUUGACUUUUGAGGUAAACAACGUGAUUGAGAUGAUGGAUAAUAACCGGGGUGCUCGAAUGUAAGGAAUGUAGGAUGUAGAUAUUGAAGCUUCUGCUAUAUAUUAUAUAUUAAACUUUUUUUUUUAAUUUGAAUUUCCAUAAUACCAUCUGUCAUAAUAAAGAACUGCCUGGCUGUAUGUGAUAGCCUUUAACUUUUAAAAAAAAAAAAAAAACUUCAGAAUUAUAUUUCUAUUUUAAAAGUGUAUUUGUUUUUAACAACGCUGAUAUACUUAUGAUAUAAAAUAUAGCAGUCGCUUUUAACGUGCUAAUAAAUGUGUUAUUAAGUAAAUGUCCAGUGUAAUCCCGUAUAUUAUAUUAAAAUUUAAGUUUUUUUUUUAAAUACGCAUCAAAUUGAUAUCUAUGACCUCUCUUAUUUUUGACCAUAAACAAAAGUCUAUCUGACGAUUAUAUUCGGUCAGUAUAUGCCAGUGAUGUAAAUUAAGUAGUUAUAAAGCGAUUGGGACAAACCAUUAAAACGAAUUAAUAUCCUACACAGACAAACAGUAAUGUAUGAUUAUGUUUAGAAUAACUUUUUUUAUAAUGUGUAUGAAAUGUAAGCAAACACUUAAAAGUAUGGCUGUUAUAUAAUACCAUAAUAUGAUCAAAUAUUUUGAGUCGUACAUUGUUUUCUUAACCGUCUAGACUAGAUUGGAAAAAUGUAAUCAGAUUAAUGAUUACAAUUACAUUAUGUAAUCAUCAAUCACUAGUAGGAAAGAUAAACUUUAUGUAUAAAUGUUGUUCAGGUGCCGUUUAAUUGGUUAAACAAUGCUGUCUCUUUUUUUCGUACGUUACCAACUAUGGAAGAAAGAGAUAGAAUAAGUGUCUGAAUAAACGUUUAAUUACAAGUAAAGGGCGUAAGUUUAAUGUGUUAACAUUGUCGACAUAAAAACGCAAUUUUAUCACAAAUCCAUAAUGAAUACCUUUGGUUUUAGAUCUCGAUGAUGAUUCAAGUUCAAAGCCGUCUAUUUAAGUUUUCUCCUGCUAUUAUAAUAGGCUAAAGUGAAACAGUGUUAACGUUACUUAAAAUGUCGGGUUCGAAUCAAGCAAGCACAGAUAUUUAAAACGAUAUCUUGCGUGUCUAUGGUUUUACAUUUUGUAUAUAUUAUAAAGAAACAGUAACAUUGAUUUUUAUUAAUAAAUGUUAGAUAUAAAUAAUACUGAAUUAAUGUAUUCUUGUAAUAUUAUUAUAUAUUAUUAUAAUAUUAUUUUCAAGCAGUUACCAAUUAUUGGAUUUA